GGGGCCCUGUCUUCACUGCGAGCCUCCCUCCUCACCUUGCGUGCUCCCUUUCAGCAUAUUCCAUGCAUUUCCACAGCAUCAGUGCUUCUCAGAUACAUGCUUGUAACACUAACCUCCUCCCAAGAUCUAGACCUCUGUUUCCAAUAGCUUGCUGGCUCCUGCACAUGGAUGGUCUGCAGGCAUUUUAAACUCAGUAUCCUGAGCUAAGCUAGUUAUUCCCCCUUCCCUCUCCUAGCAAAGGGAAGGCAUCCUAUUCCUCUUCCCUGUCUUAGUAAAUAGCUCCUCCUCCACGUCACUUAAGCUAGAAAUCUCAGAAUCUUCCUUGAUUCCUCUGUUAUCCCCCUUACUGAGCUACUCAAUAAACCCUAUCAGUUCUCUCUUGUGAUGUCUAAUAUCUCUCAGGUUUCCAUUUCCACUGUAUAGCCCUGGUUGAAAGCCUUGAUUAAUUUCGUGACAGUGAGUACUAUAUUAUAAUGUGUAUCCCUCUCUCCAUUCUGUAAAUCAGAACACAACAUUGCCCAAGUCCAAGGCUAAUGCAACCCCUCCUCUCUCAUCUCAUCUUAGCCACUGGGUUGCCAGAGCAUCUUUGGACAAGGCACAUAAGAUUCUGUCACAUCCAUGUGCAAAAAGUAGUUCAUAGCUCCAUUUCUUAUAUCUAGACACUACCUAUUUUUCUAAUUGUAUGUCCUCUCUUUGUCUGGAUACCCUAUACUGUAUCCAGAUUACGCUUAGGCAGUCUCUAAAUAUGCAUGCCCUUUCCACAUCUGGUUUUAUACUCUUGCCAUUUCCCCUCCUGAGAAAGUUCUCUAUCUGUUCCUGAUCCCCACCCUCAUAUCCAUCUUUCCUUGCUUAAAAUUAAUCCUUCCCUCCCUGACUCUCUAACCUUGAUCACCACCCACCUUGCCUCAUGGUCAUCUGUGUAGGGGAAUGUGCCCCCUCUUCUAGACUGGAACCUCCCAAGGAUGAAUUUGGACAUUCUAUAAAUGAUUAUUCAGUUUCUCCAGAUAGACAAUAUAUUCUCUUCGAAUACAACUAUGUGAAGCAAUGGAGGCAUUCCUACACAGCUUCCUAUGACAUUUAUGACUUAAAUAAAAGGCAGUUAAUUACAGAAGAGAGAAUCCCAAACAACACACAGUGGAUCACAUGGUCACCAGUGGGUCAUAAAUUGGCAUACGUUUGGAACAAUGAUAUUUAUGUGAAAAAUGAACCAAAUUCUCCAAGUCAGAGGAUCACACAAACUGGGAAAAAAGAUGUAAUCUAUAAUGGAAUAACUGACUGGGUUUAUGAAGAGGAAGUCUUCAGUACUUAUUCGGCUCUGUGGUGGUCUCCAAACGGCACUUUUUUAGCAUAUGCCCAAUUUAACGACACAGAAGUCCCACUGAUUGAAUACUCCUUCUACUCCGAUGAGUCACUGCAAUACCCAAAGACCGUGAAGAUUCCAUAUCCAAAGGCAGGAGCUGUGAAUCCAACUGUAAAGUUCUUUGUUGUAGAUAUCAGCAGUCUCAGCCCGAACAUUAGUGCAACUUCCAAACAAAUUGUUCCUCCUGGUUCUGUGUUAAUAGGGGAUCACUAUUUGUGUGGCGUGACAUGGGUAACAGAAGAAAGGAUUUCUUUGCAGUGGCUCCGCAGGAUUCAGAACUAUUCGAUCAUGGAUAUCUGUGACUAUGACAGGUCCACGGGAAGAUGGAUUUCCUCAGUGGAACGGCAACACAUUGAAACAAGUACCACUGGCUGGGUUGGAAGAUUUAGGCCUGCAGAGCCUCAUUUUACCUCUGACGGGAAUAGCUUCUACAAGAUCAUUAGCAACGAAGAGGGUUACAAACACAUUUGUCACUUCCAAACAGAUAAGAGAAAUUGCACAUUUAUUACAAAAGGAGCCUGGGAGGUCAUUGGGAUAGAAGCUCUUACCAGUGAUUAUCUAUACUACAUUAGUAAUGAAUAUAAAGGAAUGCCAGGUGGAAGAAAUCUUUAUAAAAUCCAACUUCAUGACUACACAAAAGUGAUGUGCCUCAGUUGUGAGCUGAAUCCAGACAGGUGUCAGUAUUACUCUGUAUCGUUCAGUCAAGAUGCAAAGUACUAUCAGCUGAGAUGUUCUGGUCCUGGUCUGCCCCUCUAUACUCUGCAUAACAGCAACAAUGAUAAAGAACUGAGAGUCCUGGAAAACAAUUCAGAUUUGGAUCAAGUGCUGCAGGAUGUCCAGAUGCCCUCAAAGAAACUGGACUUCAUUCAUUUGCAUGGAACAAAAUUUUGGUAUCAGAUGAUCUUGCCCCCUCAUUUUGAUAAAUCCAAGAAAUAUCCUCUGCUAAUAGAAGUAUAUGCAGGCCCCUGUAGUCAAAAAGCAGAUGCUAUCUUCAGACUCAACUGGGCUACUUACCUUGCAAGCACAGAAAACAUUGUAGUAGCUAGCUUUGAUGGCAGAGGAAGUGGUUACCAAGGAGAUAAGAUCAUGCAUGCAAUCAACAGAAGAUUGGGAACUUUUGAAGUUGAUGAUCAAAUUGAAGCAACCAGACAGUUUUCAAAAAUGGGAUUUGUGGACGACAAACGGAUUGCAAUUUGGGGCUGGUCAUACGGAGGGUACGUAACCUCAAUGGUGCUGGGAGCAGGAAGUGGUGUGUUCAAGUGUGGAAUAGCCGUGGCGCCUGUUUCCAAGUGGGAAUACUAUGACUCCGUGUACACAGAACGUUACAUGGGUCUUCCAACUCCAGAGGACAACCUUGACUCUUACAGGAAUUCAACAGUCAUGAGCAGAGCUGAAAAUUUUAAACAAGUUGAGUACCUCCUUAUUCAUGGAACAGCAGAUGAUAACGUUCACUUUCAGCAGUCAGCUCAGAUCACCAGAGCCCUGGUGGAUGCUGGCGUGGAUUUCCAGUCAAUGUGGUAUACAGAUGAAGACCAUGGGAUCGCCAGCAGCACAGCACACCAACACAUAUACACCCACAUGAGCCACUUCCUAAAACAAUGCUUCUCUCUACUUUAGCACCUCGGAACGGCAUGCCAUUUAAAGCUUGUGAAAAGCUACUUUUGCUCUCAUUAUCUCAAAACUGCACUGUCAGGAUGAUGCCUUAAAAAAAUACACUCAAAUCAAGAAAUAUAAGUUUACCUUGUUCCCAUAUAACCUGAAAUAGGGACUUCUGUCUUUGCAAGAGACUUACCUUAUGGAAAUUUCAGUCUGUUUUUUUUUUAUUAUUAUUUAAAAUAAUUUCCACAUCAGCUGGUGAAACAGCAACUAAGAAUUGUUUUUAUGGAGCUUUGCAGAGGAUCCCUGAGCAGCAUUAUUUUCUAACUGGACUAGUCCAUAUCUUGUUCUCUUCUUUGAAGGAAUGGCAGGAUGUGGGCAGUGAUGUCACUGAGGCAGGGGCAAGAAAAGAGGGGUUAGGGAGAGAAGCUGGCGGGGUAAGGCUGUGAACCCCAGUCCAAGCCUGCUGACCCAACCAGGCUACUGUCAGCUCCUCAGAGAAGAGCUGUUCUCAGCCAGACUGGCACAGUUUUCUGAGAAAGACCAUUCAAACAGUCUCAGGAAAUCAUAUAUGCAAAGCACUGACUUCUGAGUAAAACCACAGCAGUUGAAUAGACUCCAAAGAAAUGAGAGGGAAACUGCCAACAAUGCAAGGCCCCCAGGUGCCAGUUAUGGCUAUAGGUGCUACGAAAACACAGCGAGGGUGAUGGGAAAGCAUUGUAAAUGUGCUUUAAAAAUACUGAUGUUUCCCAGUGAGAGAAGCAGCUUGGAAGGGAGAUGUGAACACAUCAGCUUGCCCUGUUAAGAUAUGAAAAUAUUUGUAUUGCAAAUCCUAACUUGAAGGAGUCUUUGCAUCAGUUUUUCUUACUGCAUUUCUUUGAGCAUCUAAUUAAAAGAAUAUUUUAACUUUCUUGGACUUGUUUUUAAAAAUUGAAAAUAAGCUACAAAUGUAUAUAAUAUGAUUCCCAUUCUAUAUACUGUGGAAUUUCUCCUGGUCAGUAAUAAAUAUGCCUUCAUUUUUUUCA